AUGAGAGACGAUACAAGCAGUAACAACAACAAUAAUAAUAAAGACCGCAACACUCAAAAUGAGGGGCACCACCACCUGCGCCCCGAGGAUAACCCGUUCAUCGCCUUCCGCCGGUUCGCAGACUCCCAGGUCUCCUCCCUCCUGAACACCGUCUUCACCCUCCCUGCCACUCUCGCCAACUAUAACAAUGCGCAUCAGGCACGUGAGUUGUGUCUGUUUGGCAAGGCCAACCAGCGUCAAUGCGACAAGCUUCACAACAUCGAAGUGGAGAUUGCUGAACUGCGGAACGAGGGGAGGGAGUUGUUCAGAGUGGGCGAUGUGCAAGCUGUCCUUCGCAACAGUGAGGAGCUCAUGAGGUUGGACCGCAGAGCUGAUGACAUACGCCGCGACAUCUUGCGUGCCCCUAAUCAAGAGAAUCAAACACAGCCCCCGCGUCGCAAUGAGACCGAGCUCGUCGAGAGAGUCGCCAACAAAAAGGGUCAGGAGUGGGGAUGGUCUUGGGACUGGGGUUUCCCUCGACCAUUCGACCAUGAGGGUCAAAACGGUCGGGACACAUCAGAGGAUCAAGACGCCAACAGCUCUGUAGCUCUGGACAGGCUGCUGCGGAUGCAAGCGGAAGCGACGCGACUGGCCCAAGACUUCGAAGACAAGGCUUGGGAAGACUCGGCCUCUGACGGUAAACAACCCCGUCUAUGGUCAUGGUCAAAGUCAUGGCAAUGGCCCCCAAUGCCAAAUGCAUCACCGUCUGACAUGGACGCAUACUCGCCUUGUGCGCUAGAGCAGAAUCCUACCUUGAACAGAGCAGGUAUACCGUGGCGCGCUGCCUAUGAAGAUCUUCUGCGGGCCGAAGAGAUCUCGAUGUCGCAGCGACAGUCAGCGCAGACCAUGGAGCAAGACAACGAGAAUACACAUCCAAGCAGCAUGUAUACCGAUGCUUGGUCGUCUCGGCCCAAGAUCCCCAUCACUCACCGACAACUAGAAGAGAUGAUGGAGCGGAGUGAGAAGCUCACUUGUCCACGGCUUGCUGCGCAAGCUGAACCGAGCUACAAAUACAGUCACGAUCAUGAAGACCAGCACGAUGACCCGCCUACACCUAAGCGCACCCAGUUUUUCCUGCACACUGCGUCCCAACAAGACCCAGCAAAUCGUUCUGACAGAGAAGCCGCACGAUAUGAAGAUUAUGCCAAGGAAAUGCAAGACCCCGCAACUGAAAUGGACGCCUACGAGCGUCUUGAUGCUGUGUCCGCACACACAGCCGUCCCACUGGCUGGGCAAAAUGAGCAGAGCGAGGCCAAGUCUUCCAUCUUGUCGACACUCACAACUACCGAGCGCACUGUUGCGCCCAACGGCACUAUAACCACCAAAGUCUUGCUCAAGAAACGUUUUGCAGACGGCCGCGAGGAAAGUACAGAAACGGUACAUAGUGAGCGCGGCCAAGAGACUAACGGCCCCUCACGAGAUCCUUGGAAAGCACUACGAAGCGGUCAGUCAGACUCGUUGGAAACAGGGGAUAGCCAUGGCAAGAAGAAGAGUGGUUGGUUUUGGUCUAACUGA